GGAUAUCAGCUGUUGCCGGCGUUUGUUUAUAUUCCCAAUCGCAACAAUUUAGUUUUUCAUAUUGAUAGAGUUGGAAAAAUGCCAACAAUAAUUGCUUUGGAUGUAUCGCUAUCGAUGCUGCGUCCUGUGCCGGGGCGCAACGACCACACAUACCAAUCGCUGGCCCUCAAGGGCAUUCAACUUCUGCUGGACAACUUGACGGCCGCUGGCAAGCUCGAGCACUUGGCUUUGGUAUUGUACACCACAGUCUGUGAAUUGAAAGUGGAUUUUACACGGGACUACGAUCAAAUACGGCAGGCGAUUAAGAAAAUCGAGCCCGUGGACAAGGCCUGCCUGAUGACCAUGCUGAAAACCUCAGUCAGCCUAAUGGCCACAUGGGGCACACAGAAUCUUCUACAGCUGGUGGUGUUUACGGACUGCGGUCCGGGCUUUGGCAGCACGUCGAUUGCUGGCUUCCUGGAGGCGUAUGCGGGCAAGGAGGCUGAGCCCGAAUAUGCGUGGCUUAAGACGCUGGCCACCUACAAUCUGAAUUUCAUUUGCCUGGGCGUGCAUUGCGAUUUAUAUUUUACGCGUGGCCUGACACUGCAUCAACAGUUGCUCGACGCAGCCUCGCUUAGGGGUCAGCUUUUCAUGACGAAGCCAGUGAAGAGCGCCGAGCCCGGCGACGCCACAUCUGGUGGCAGCCAUAAAAGCGAACUGGGUCGCACUGCCCUGUUCGAGCUAAUUGAGCGCCUGUGCGAGAGCAGCUUCAAAUCCACAGAGGUGACGCUGAAGUGCGGCCGCUACUUUCGCAUGGAAGGCCAGGUGCUGCUCUGGCCGCCACCGAUGCCCUAUGAGCAGGCCGCACUCUACGGCGGCGAUCCCACAAUACGUCACAUUGAUCAGCGCAUUGAUGUCUGCGGCUUCCUGGCGCUAUCCGAUAUUGGCUCGCCGGCCACGCUAAGUCGCCACUGGGUGCUGGCCAAGGUGGAGCGUGAGAAACCGAGUCGUCGCUCUGGCGGUCUGGCAGCAGUUGCUAAGCCUCCCAAGCUAACGCUGGACACCAGCAAUCCGCACUAUGAGCUCGAGAAGCUGGAGCAAGAUAUACGCGACUUCUACAUGAAGGACACCAAGGAUGCCGAGGAAAGUGGCGACGAUGCCGACGUAACUGUUGUUCUCAAGCACAGCUCCACGCCCCAAGCGGAGCAGCAAAAGGACAAUCUGUGCGUGCUACUGCAUGGCGCACUUAAGCUGGAGAACAUGGCCGCGCUGGUGCUGCUGGGCGAGAAGUGGUAUGGCUUUAUGUAUGCCUACACCGACGUCAAGAAGAAAUCCAAUUUUAUGCUCAACAUACUGCCGCCGGGCUCCAAUGUUAUACCCUGGCUGGGCGACCUGGAGUUCCUUGGCUUUCCCGAGGAUUUGGCGCCUGGUGAAACAGCCAGUUUUCCAGUGCGCGCCGAGCGACGCUCAUAUUCACAAAGCAGCGUCGUCUGGAUACGUCAGGCUAGCCUCCAGUCCGACGUCCAGAAAGUGCUGCGUCACGCAAAGAAAAUGCCCGACAAGACGCAGCAUUUCUACAAGGAACUCAAUCGCAUUCGACGCGCCGCUCUGGCCCUGGGCUUCGUGGAGCUGCUCGAGGCGUUGGCGCUGCUGCUCGAGAAGGAGACCGCACAGCUCACCUUGAAUGGCGUCACCACCGAGUGCACGCUGCAGCUGCAACAUGCGGCCACCGAGCUGCGCAAGACCUCGAACCGCGACAUCAAGUCAACAAUUGUGCCGCUCCAGAAGGCAAGCGCUGCCGAUACCACAGCGGUUGCUACUCCAGCCCAAGGGGGUUAUCUGUACUAGAAUAUAUGUUACUUUUAAUGCUUUUAAUUAUUGAUUAAAUUAGUUAUCAAAUGACAUACAUAUAAAAUGGCAAA